UCAUUCCGACUUAUAAAUGUAUACAACACGCUAUUUAUGUUACGAAAUAGUUAGUUUACUGUUUGAAACUAAAAGAAACAAGUGUUUUUUUAUCCGUUAGAAUGAAUUACGUUACUUUUAUUUACAGUUUCUUAAUUGUAAACGCGUUUUUCAAAUCAGUUCGUUCGAAAUGUUGCGACGCUUCCUGGACUACGUAUAAAGGAGACACUUAUUGCGCGGAUGGAAAAUAUUUAAUAGGAACUUAUUGUUCUAACGGUCCGUGUAAUAUAUUCGGUUGCAACUGUGAUGGCGGUUGUAUUACGAGAGACACAUCGUGGAUACGAGGCGACAUCGUGGGAUGUAGAAGAGUCCCAUCGUCUUUUCCAUCAUUUCCGUAUAUACACGCGUUCAUAUACGCAGGUAACGGUCGCAUUAUAGAAGUCAUUCCGAAUAAAGUCAACAACGGAUCGAUGGCGGAUCAAUUGAACGACGGAGAAACCGAUUUUUGUAUAGUUAUGAAUGAAAUGAUUUUCAGACAGUUAAGAAAAUCCGAAUAUUCGUUUACACGGGAUAGACAAACCAUAAUCAAAAGAGCGGAAAGCAUAGUUAACGAAAACUGGCCUUAUUCGUUCUUGAAUGAUAAUUGUCAACAUUUUAUAUCAUAUGUAUUGACAAAUGAUAGACUUCAUAAGUUACCGGGACUUGAUGUAGAUCAAUCAGGUCAUAUACCCUCUAGAGGACACAUUCCAAUGAGCCAAAUAGCUAGAGAUAAUAGUGCUUAUCCGUUAAUACGUGCGUAAUUUUAAAUCCAUUUUGAAUUGUCUUUGGAUUAGAUUGAUUACAAUCAGAUUAUAAUAGUUUACUGUUAUAAUUAUUAUAAUAAAUAUUAUAUUAUUACUAUAAUAAUAUAAUAAUUAGACCUAAUCUAAGGGUUAAAGGCAAUUCAAAAUGGAUUUAAAAUCUAUAUUAUGUAUAAAUGUUUUAUUGACAAAUUCUAAAAAAAUGUUAUAUUCUUCUACGUCUUUAAAUAUGUAUAAAAUAUUAUUUUCAAUUUUCCUGAAAGUGUUUGAUCCUGAAAGUGGCCAACACACAAACACCAUUGAAGGCCUUUGGCGGCACGCUAAAUUUUCUUUACCUCAAUUCCAUAGAAAAAAACAAUUUAUUGCUGGAUACUUGGCCAAAUUUAUGUUCCAAAAAAUGUGUAAAGCACAAAAAUUAGAUCCUUUGGUUGAAUUUUUUAAAAUGGCUGGAUCUAUCUAUGAUGCAACAAAAGUUGAUUCUGUUGAGAUAGACUAGAUAGAGGAAACUGAGGAGUCCGAAAGUGAAAAUGAGUCACUCAGUGGAGAUGAUGAAUGUAUUUUAUAAUUUUGUAUAGGUAAUUUAUAAUUUGUUUAUAAUUUAUUGAAAAAUGUUAUUAAAUAUAUUUCACAUUUUUACAGUA